ACCAGCAGAGCGUUUGUAAAUACUACCUUUGUGGGUUUUGCCCAGCUGAAUUAUUUACAAAUACCCGUUCUGAUUUAGGUCCUUGUGAAAAGAUUCAUGAUGAAAAUCUACGUAAGCAGUAUGAGAAGAGCUCUCGUUUUAUGAAAGUGGGCUACGAAAGAGACUUCUUACGCUAUUUACAAAGCUUACUUGCAGAAGUAGAACGCAGAAUUCGAAGAGGCCAUGCUCGCUUGGCACUGUCACAGAAUCAGCAGUCUUCGGGGGCUGCUGGACCAACUGGUAAAAAUGAAGAGAAGAUUCAAGUGUUAACAGACAAAAUUGAUGUACUUUUACAACAGAUUGAGGAACUAGGUUCUGAAGGGAAGGUGGAAGAGGCACAAGGGAUGAUGAAACUUGUUGAACAGUUAAAAGAAGAGAGAGAGUUGCUGAGGUCUACAACUUCAACGAUUGAGAGCUUUGCAGCCCAAGAAAAGCAAAUGGAAGUUUGUGAAGUCUGUGGAGCCUUUUUAAUUGUAGGAGAUGCACAGUCCAGGGUAGAUGACCACUUGAUGGGAAAGCAGCACAUGGGUUAUGCCAAAAUAAAAGCAACUGUAGAAGAUUUAAAGGAAAAGUUGCGAAAAAGAACAGAAGAACCUGACCGUGAUGACAGGUUAAAAAAAGAGAAACAAGAGCGAGAAGAGAGAGAGAAAGAGAGGGAACGGGAAAGAGAGGAGCGGGAAAGAAAGAGACGACGUGAAGAAGAAGAAAAGGAAAAAGAAAGGGCUCGUGAUAGAGAGAGGCGUAAAAGGAGUCGUUCUCGUAGCAGACAUUCGAGCAGAACAUCUGACAGAAGAUGCAGCCGUUCACGAGACCACAAAAGAUCAAGAAGCAGAGAAAGAAGGCGAAGCAGGAGUCGUGACAGAAGAAGAAGCAGAAGCCAUGAUAGAUCAGAAAGAAAGCACAGAUCUCGCAGUAGGGACAGAAGGCGGUCAAAAAGUCGGGAUCGAAAAGCCUACAAGCACAGGAGCAAAAGCAGAGAGAGAGAACAAGACAGGAAGUCAAAAGAAAAAGAAAAGAGGGGCUCUGAUGAUAAAAAAAGUAGUGUGAAGUCCAGUAGUCGAGAAAAACAGAGUGAAGACACAAAUACAGACUCGAAGGAGAGUGAUACUAAGAAUGAGGUCAAUGGGACCAGUGAAGACAUUAAAUCUGAAGUGCAGCGUAAGUAUGCACAGAUGAAGAUGGAACUAAGCCAAGUAAGAAGACAUACUAAAGCACCUUCUGAAGGAAAAGACAGUGUAGUCCUGCAAAACAUUUUGAGCGUUGGUGUUGUGAGCGGCCCAUGAAAAGCCAAAUUAAAAAUCAAGGAUUCAGUCAAACUAAGCAGGUACUCAUGCCAGGUACUCCUUUCUCUACCCACAUCCAUGUUUGAAUGCUGUUGCCUGUAAUCUUUAAGCUUACUGUUGUGUUUUUGAUUUACAAGAUAGUGAAAAGGAUUUUUUGUGUAUUGUCUGAAUUCUGUAAAUCUGAUGUUAACAGAAUGGAAUUUUCUUUCAACUGUGUGUAGGGAUGCAGUGCUGCCCAGAAUUAGAUAUCUUUAAAGAGUUUAAAAUGCAAUAAACACUACCUAGUAAUCGCCUUGUUACAUUCAGUGCAAUUCAAGUCUUUAAGAGGUAUGUGCUUAAUAUUUCCUACUGUGUAGGAGAACUUAGUCAGCCAUAGUACAGAGAAGUGGAAUGGCUGAUAACAGACUACAAAGGCAGAUGUAAAUACAAAGGCAGAUACUACCAAGUAUUCAUGGCAGGGGUAUAUGCUUAAAAUGACUUAUUGGAAAUAAAAGCUAAAUAUUAGGAAAGA